AGCUCUUCCGGUGCGGUGGUCGCUCUCGCGGUGCGUGUUGACGCAGCGGGUGCGUCAGGAGGAGAUGCUGUAGAGCAUCAUCGGAGCCGAGCCGCUCCAGUCCGUCCGAGUCCGGUUAACGGGACCCGCUCAUGCUCUGCCCGCCCCGCAGCACGCCAGCCCCGGAUCCAAGAAGCGGAGAGCAGCGGGGAAGAGCCCGGAGGAUGCUCUGGGGUUUCUCAGCAGGCCUGUGAAGAUGAGUGUGACAUCAUGGUUCCUGGUAAGCAGUUCGGGGACUCGACACCGCCUCCCCCGAGAGAUGAUCUUUGUGGGCCGAGAGGACUGCGAGCUGAUGCUUCAGUCUCGCAGUGUGGACAAACAGCACGCUGUCAUCAACUACAACCCGACCACAGAUGAACACCUGGUGAAGGACCUGGGCAGCCUCAAUGGGACGUUUGUAAAUGACCUGCGGAUUCCUGAUCAGACCUACAUUACCCUCAAACUGUCUGACAUCAUCCGCUUUGGAUACGAUUCUCACGUCUACGUUCUGGAGAAAAGUCAACACAAAGUCCCAGAGGAGGCCCUAAAGCAUGAGAAGUACAGCAGUCAGCUGCAGAUGAGCCUAAAGCCUUCAGAGAUGAAGAAGAGCGACGUGGACGAGCGGACGAGAGGCGAGAAAAUGCAGAGUACCAAGAGCCUCGCACAGGAGGCGCCGGUGUGUCGGCCCACUCCUUUGUAUGGCCAGCCUUCCUGGUGGGGAGAGGAGGAUUAUGGGAGUAAAGUCCAAACCAGCGAUGAGCCACAUUCAGAUGUUCAGAAAGACGCUCCAUCUGCAGAUCCAGAAUUUUCUGCAUCGCUGUCAGACUGUCAGCCAAAGACCGCCUUCCCUUCGUACCAUCGUGAGCCGAGCUACUUUGAGAUCCCCACCAAGGACUUCCAGCACCCUAAAUCCUCAGGGGCGGAGCUCCAUGAGAUCCCCACCAAGGACACUGACACGCCCCCGGCCCCACCCUCACCUCCCACUCCAACUCCGCCUGUCGUUCAGAGCCACGCCUCCUUUACCAUUGAGUUUGAUGAUUGCAUGCCUGGGAAGAUCAAGAUUAAAGACCACAUCACCAAGUUCUCCACUCGCCAGAGGAAGCCGCAGGCUACACCCACCAAGACAGCCAUCAUGGCCACACCUGCAGAGGUGAUGUCAGCAGAGAGCAAGGUGGCUGACUGGCUGGUCCACAGUGAUGUAAGCAUGAUGAAGAGACGCCCGCCGUCUGAAGACGUUUACAGCACCAAGAGUGACCUCGCCAUGAACAUCAAGACCCUGAAAGGUCACCACCAUGAGGAUGGGACCCAGAGUGACUCAGAGGACCCAGUUCUCAAAGGAAGGAGUAAAUCCCACCACUCGGUCCGCACUGAGCACUCUGUGCAAUCAGAGCUGUCCCAGGCGUCGCAGCAGGCCAUCCAAUCAGGCCAGUCCAUCCAUAGUCAGCUACACCAACCACUGCAGUAUUCUCCACCCAGACAGGCCUCUGCCUCACCCGUGGCCCCUGAGAGGCCCCUGUCCCAGAGCCCUCCUAAAACUCUGUCACCCACCGAAUUUCCCAAACAGGGGCCCCCUGAGCACCUCACUCAGCAAGCUUUCAUCAUUGAGUUCUUUGAUGACAACCCACGCAAGAAGCGCUCUCAGUCCUUCACCCAUAACCCCGCCCAUGCUGACUCAUACUCCACACUCAGAGCCAAGUUGGAGCGGCGGAAAGGUGGCGAGAGGCCAGCAUCCGUGCACGGCCACAUCCCUCCCACCCAGCAGGUGACGGUUCCUCUGAAGGGCCAGAGCCAUGGCGGCCCUCAGAGGUCAAGCUCUCUGAAGAGAGAAAAGACUGAGGGGGAGGUGGCUUCAUCAGCUUCCUCGUCUCGCUCCUCAUCGGGCAUCAUCAUCCGACCUUUCGGCAGCGUUGGGAAGAAGUCAAAGCUCGCCCAGGAGUUUGCUGCUGAAUUUCUGAAGGAUUCAGGUCGUAAUGACUCCUCCCCAACCAGGGAUAAGACAUCUCCUCCACCAAUGUCUGCACCUCCUGUGAUGGUGUCGCCUCAUCAUACAAGGAUCCCCUCCACACAAGAACCUCCAGCUCCAUCUUCUGUCUCCUACCCUGCCUCCCCAUUACAGCCUCCAGCAAUCUCAAAGACCCCAGUCCCACUCAACAUUCCAGGCCCAGCUGCCGCUCCAGUCCAUCCGUCUGGACCUCCCUUCUCCCCCAUGCUGCCCAUGGCCGUCCGUGGAGGAGAUGUCAAAGGUACCCAGAGGUUGGCCAGGAACGAGGAAGAUGACAGCUUGAGCGAUGCUGGGACCUACACCAUCGAGACGGAGUCGCAGGACAAAGAGGUGGAAGAGGCUCGUAACAUGAUCGAUCAGGUGUUUGGUGUCCUCGAUUCUCCAGAGUACAGUGGUGUGAACACAGGUGUGUAUAGACCUGUCAUAAACGAUGGAAAGGAUGAGCACGCUAACCUGCCUAGUGAUGGUAGCACUGUGGACUCAUUGCAUGGCUUUAUCCCAUCUUCUAUCAGCGGCCCUUCAACAGGCCCCAUACAGGUUCCAGCUGCUCAUGCUGCAGGUCUGGAAGGCCCUAAGUGGGUUUCACGUUGGGCCAGUCUAGCAGACAGCUACGCCGAACCUGGUUCCACUGCACCUCAAGGAGAAUGUCUAGAAGAUUCACGUCUCAUGAGCCCUUCGUUGGGAAACUACAGCUACGACAACUCUGAGUCAGAGUCCAGCCACAGCUCCAGGACAAGAAGGCUGCUGCCCCAAGUGCCUCCAGAAAAGCUAGACGGUGUCACCCCAAGCAUCAUGAUUCGCCAUGAAUCUUACCAAAGCCAGGAACCUCUGGACAGAGCCUCUGGUCCCUCCCACUCAGUUGACUCCACCCAGCGCCUGUCCGUUCAGGAUGAUGUGGACCCAGACAGCCUGAGUGAUGCCAGUCGCUCAGAUGAUGGACCUGUUCAAGAGAAGAUGAGGACGAAUCAGGUCAAGACUGCAUUUGUAUCUCCAGGGAUCACUGGUCCUCAGCUUAGAGGUCCGGAGAAAGUGUCUCCAUCCUCCAAAUCCACCUGCUUCUACAUUGGUUCGGAAGACCAUUCCAGCAAACCUGAGCAAGCCCGGAGCCCAGUACAGUCUGAGAAGACAAGAGACCCCCCAGCAAAAACUCCCCCUACCACUGUCCUGAUCCGACAUCUGAGUGGACACGAACCCAAGAGGACAGGAGUCAAACCCAACAGCUCUGCUCCAAACCUCCAAACACAGGACAAAGAUUCAGUUCCAACCAAAGACAGUUGCACAUCAUCCUUCAUCCGUCAGGAGAGUUUCACCAAAGACCAGCCCAGUGACACUGUCCAGAUGAAGAAGCUUCCCCACAUCUCCAGCCACCCGUCCAUCAGAGAUAUGGAGCAGAGGCGGGAGAACAUCCAGGACGCACAGUCCUUCCUUCAGGAAGGAACUCUAUCCUCUCUGGAUACCAAGUUCCCCUCCUCUGGUUCAGGUCGCAGCUCAAAGAAGGAGGGUUCGUCCAGCCACAUGGACGACUCCCUGUCUGGUGAGUCAGAUGUGGACACGGCUAGCACGGUGAGUCAAGUGAGUAGCAAAAACACUCCAGUCAGCUCAACUUCUAAAAAGCGUCCUCCCAUCAGCAGCCUUCAAAAGGAGAGGUCCUCCUCUAGUCCAUCCAUUCAAGAGAAGGGACAGCAGCUCAGCGCCCGUGAGCGACUUUCUGAGAAACGCCGAAACCAGAUCACUGCCAAUGCAGCAAAUAAGGCAGAGGCAGCGAAGCGCUUCCAGAUGCGCCGCAGUGCUGGGAAUCGUGGCUCUCUGGAUCUGUCUGAGGGCCAGCAGGGGUCUGGUCUGCAGUGGACCGAAACCCCAUCAUCUGAUCACGAAACGUCCCGUCCAUCCAGCCGCAGCAAAAAAAUCAUUGCCCCUCUUCAGAAAGAAGACAACGGGAAGACGCCCAGGACAGUGACACAGCAGGUUCUGACACGUUCCAACAGCCUGUCGGCACCACGGCCGACCCGAGCCUCAAUGCUGCGGCGGGCACGUCUGGGUGAAGCCUCAGAUAACGAAGGUGCCGAGACUGACCGAGGCUCUCAGAAUUCUGACCAUAUCACUGCGCCGCCCAAAGUGUCCACCGAGGGGAAGAAGUUGUCCAGGCUGGACAUCUUAGCGAUGCCCAGGAAGAGAACCGGCUCCUUCACCACCCCCAGCGAUACCGAGGCAUCCUCCACAGGACGGCCCACUUUCUCCAACCGGAACACAGAGGCUGUUGUCAGCACCAGGAAGACAUUGGUGGGUGACAACCGGCAGGCAGCUAGCAGAGGAGGCGGAGCUCCAGCGAAGCAACCUCUGACACGUACCCGCUCGAGCGGAGCCAAGUAUGCCGGCAGCGGUUCCCGUCGCAGACAGAAGGGCUCGGACUUCUCCUCUUCCUCUGACGAAGAAUAUGAGACGAGUGGUGGUAUCUCCAGAGCCAAACGCUCCUCCCAUCCUUCCACCUCUGACCAGACACCACGCAGCCACCGGACGCCCGCCACCAGGACCAAGUCCGUCUCCCUGGAAACGGAGGAGGAUGAGGAUCAGAACGACGUUGACCCGUACCAGAACUGGUCCACGCACAGUGCUGAGAUCGCCAAGCUCAGUCAGGACCUGGCUAAAGACCUGGCCAUCCUGGCGAAGGAAAUCCACGACGUCGCUGGGGAUGGGGACUCGCCGAGCUCUGGCAUGGGCACCACCACGUCUCCCAGCUCACUGCCCAACACGCCGGCCUCCACCAUCUCCGCCAGGGAGGAGCUGGUCCAGCGUAUCCCUGAGGCCAGUUUAAACUACCAGAAGGUUCCUCCAGGUUCUGCUGCUGUCUCGGACCUGGACGCAAAUAUGAAUGAGCCAGAGACCGGUUCUAAGCAACGGCGUCCGUGGAACCGCGAAGAGGUGAUUCUGGACAAUCUGAUGCUGAAUCCAGUGUCUCAGCUGUCUCAGGCCAUCCGGGAGAACACAGAGCAGCUGGCCGAGAAAAUGAAGGUUUUGUUCCAGAACAAGGCAGAGGUCUGGGAGGAGAUUGAGGCAAAGAUCAAUACUGAAAAUGAAGUCCCCAUCCUGAAGACCUCCAACAAGGAAAUUACCUCCAUUUUGAAAGAGCUGAGGAGAGUUCAGAGGCAGCUUGAAGUUAUAAACACGAUUGUGGAGCCUGGUGGCGGUCUUCAGGCAGCAGCCAGCGCAGCAUCCCUCAGUCAAACUCGACUGUCCUCAAGGGAGAAGAAACCCAGCACCAAACCUCGCGGAGCCCCCAACACCAACGAAAGCACCAAACGACCGCCUCAUGGACCCGAUGGGGCCCACAACAUGGCCUGAUCAGGCCUCUGUAGCACCUCUGAAGAGUAACUGUGCAUCCACCAGUCCCUACCUCUGACUGUAACACCCAGAUCCACACCUCAGUGCUGACUUCAGCUGUAAAUUUGUGGUUGGGGGCUGGUGUGGGUUUGUGGCGGGCCUGUUUGAGGUCUGCCUCUAACUUAUCAUCCAUUCGCAGCAAGAAUGGAUAUUUACAAAGCUUCUGACAAAUGCCGUGCAUCAGUGGAAUUUUUGGUCUGAAUUUAUUGGUUUCCAACCCAAAACUGACAGAGCGAUGUGAUGAGGUGAUGAUCUCGGUGUCCCACAGGUCAUAGCUGUGAACUUUCAAGGAUGCAAAUUUUAAGUGAAAUGCUGCCGUGGACCAGAACCACAUGCAUCGUUUCUAGCAGACUCCUCUCACAUGAAUCCUUGUCUGUAAAUACCACGGCUGUGAACAGACCUCAAACACGCCCCCUCCCUGUUUGCAGGGAGCCGCUCGGUCUUGCUCCUUCCGGCUGUUACCGGGACGACCCGUCUCUGGUGUGUGUUUGUUAGGGUGGAAGAGCUGCGGCGUGUGGAUGCACUGAAACUGUCCAGAACUAACUCUCAUUCGUGGUCAGUGUAUGUCUGUAGAACUGCUUCCACUUUGCACAAGCUCAGCAAACAUAGUCAAAGCUCCAAAAUGAAGCAGCCGCUCGCCACCGUAGUACGUGGAUGAUGUACAAACAUAUACAUAAACUUUGUGCUUUGAUAAUCUGUUGUUGCGUUGCAUUUGAACAGAUAGAUUGUGUUGCUGUUUUUAUGUCUGUAUUUAUGAAGAGAAAGGGCUGUGCAGACAGGAAAAGGAACCCUGAGCUCAGCUGUAGAAGAAAAAACGAUGUAAUGUUGUGUUCCUGAAUGUUUGGGUGCUCCGCUGCCUGUCCCAACAUGCUCAGCCUCAUUUUCUUUUGCCAUCUUGCUGUGAAUGUGCAUUAGCUUUGAAGUUGCGUCAGGUUGUGCUGAAUGAUCAGACUCAUGCUGGUCCCUGAACGCAUCGCCUUUCUACCUAAAAUGAAAGAAAUGCGAUGACCAGACUCGGCUCUGUUUGGCACGCUGGUUUCUGAUAGAAAGCCCUGCCCCUUAACACAGUUCAGGGUCAUGUGAAACAAAGGAACGCUGAGGUGUUCUCCACAAGUUCUGCCUCACUUCAUUAUGACUCCUCAUGUGUUCCUGGUGAUGAAAUGAGCUGUAAGGCUGACAUGCUGAGCCGUAAUCGCAGACCACAGACGUCUGUGAAAACAAAGCUGCAGCUCUGAUCAGAGCAAGCCGCCGUUCAUUUGCCACAUCCUGAUUUGUGAGGGCUCAGAGAGUCCAGCUUGGCAGCGUUAUGUCAUGAGCACAGGCUAUAUUCCUGAUGAUGAAGUGUGGACCCAGCCAAUCAUCUGCCGGCUGAGAAAAAACUCGACGUUGAAUUUUUUUCUUUUCGAAGCUGUUCUGUCAGAGAUGCUGCAGACUCGGUUCUGGAGUUCAGGACUGACACUCUCCAAUCGAUGAGCAGCUCGUGUCCCUUAUCUCCUCGCUUCAGCUGACUCUGCUCGCUGAGUUCUGCUCGUCUGCAAGCAGCAUGAGCUGCGGGAUCAGGCUCACCUGUGAUACACUUGUGUGUUGUGGACUUGAGUGUGUAACUCCAUUCAUCUGGAGUAUUUCUGAUCUUUGAAUUUCUUGUAAAUUUCUUGUUCGGCUGUGUUAGAAAAGUUUAUAUGAAGAAAGUAUGUAGAGUUUUACCUGUGAGAGCACCGUCUGCUCUCAGAGAGGUGGAGGAUGGCGCGCGCACGCGCGUGUGUGUUUUCGUUUAGGCGUCUGUGUGGAUAGAAGCAGGUUGUUGAGCGCGCUCAGUGAAACCCUCUUGAGCGAUUUGCCUAGCUUAGCACAAACCCUGGAAGCAGAGGGAAAGUGUUAGCAUAGCUCCACAGGAGGAAGUUUGCUGUGUGAAGACAUCAUCGGUGGGCGGCGCACACACGGCAUGCCAGGAGCUCGUUUGCGUUGCGAGGACUGCAGACCCAGCCAAUCAUCUGCCAGCUGCGACUCUCAGGACCAGUGCAGGCGAGUGGCAGGCAGGUGAUGUAUUAGACGGGUCUGUGUAUGUCCAGGAUUUAUCCAGCCGCAGAGCUGUCCAGCACCUCUUCAGGAGGGAUUUGCUCCAACGUUAGUGGGCGUGGUCUGUAGAGAGGGUGAACAGUUUAAGCUAGGCUCACAUCAACUUGUGAGCUAGGAGAGCUGAGAAAAAGAGGAUUUCACUGAAUCUACUGGAAUGUGUGUGUCUGAAGAAGCUGGACUUUUAUUUUGUAAGGUGCAUGUUUCCUGUAGCUUGCGGCAGGUGAGAGUUUGAGGCUGGGUCACCAAAUGUGCACUUUUUCAUUGCCGAACGCCUGUGAGGGCAGCUGGAGCUGAGCUUCGUUUGCUCGUGGUGUUUUGGCGCAGCCUUCCAGAAUGUACCAAUUCAUUGCCACCCACAGCAGACACCUGAUUGGCCGUUGCUGUGAUGAUGUAACUGCUGCUGCUACAGGUCAUUUGGGCUACCUGCCUUUGUGUUUUACUUUUGUUACAGUGCAUGCGGCUGAGAAGCAGCCAGGGUGUAGAAACGUGUGCUCACGUCUCAUCGACCAUUUCACAUGUCUGACGGUCCUGCGGCCGCCCGCAGCCUUUCUGUCCACAUAUCCGAAGCGUAACGCCUUCAUCAUGACGGGAUUUCUUUUAUCACCAUGUCACUUGUAAUAAACUGAUCUCAUGCAGAUGUCUUGGGCCUCUGUGGU